AUGAUUCAUGAUCCAAACGAUCCAGAAUUUCAAGAAGCAAUGAAAUAUUUAGCAUUGCCAUCUGAAGAAAAAAUUAAGCUUCGAUCUCAACCAUUUGAUGCGAAAAAAGCAUGUUGGAUUCCAGAUCCAAAAGAAUCAUUUAUUGCUGCUGAAAUUGAAAAUACGAAAGAUGAUCAAGUAACAGUAAAAACUGGUAAAGGAGAAAUUAGAACAGUAAAAAAGGAUGAUGUUCAACAAAUGAAUCCACCGAAAUAUUGUUGUUCUGAUGAUAUGGCUGAUUUAACCCAUCUGAAUGAUGCUUCAGUUUUAGCUAAUUUACGUGAUCGUUAUUCACGAUGGCUUAUCUAUACAUAUUCUGGUUUAUUUUGUGUUGUCAUAAAUCCAUAUAAACGUUUACCCAUUUAUACUAUGAAAGUUGUUCUUGCUUAUCGUGGUAAAAAACGUACUGAAGUUGCUCCACAUCUGUAUGCUAUAUCUGAUAAUGCUUAUUCAAAUAUGCUUCGAGAUCGUGAUAAUCAAUCAAUGUUGAUUACAGGCGAAUCAGGUGCUGGCAAAACAGAAAAUACGAAAAAAGUCAUUCAAUAUUUUGCCUUGGUCGCUGCAGCUGGUGCGAAAAAAGAAGAAGGAAAGAAAACGAUGACACUUGAAGACCAAAUUGUAUCAGCUAAUCCCGUAUUAGAAGCUUAUGGUAAUGCAAAAACUACUCGAAAUAAUAAUUCAUCUCGAUUUGGUAAAUUUAUUCGUAUUCAUUUUGGUAGUACUGGAAAGAUUGCUGGAGCUGAUAUUGAAGUAUAUCUAUUAGAAAAAUCUCGAGUUAUCUUUCAGCAACCAGCUGAACGUAACUAUCAUAUAUUCUAUCAACUUUGUUCAAAUGCUUUUCCUGAUUAUCACAAGGAAUGUCUUCUUGAAAAUGAUCCAUCAAAAUAUUUUUAUGUUGCUCAGGGUAUGCUUACCAUUGAUAAUGUUGAUGAUGCUGAAGAAAUGCGACUUACUAAUGAAGCAUUCGAUAUUUUGGGUUUUACUCAGGAAGAAAAGGUUAAUUUAUUUAAAUGUACUUCUGCUAUUAUGCAUUUUGGUAAUUCUCAAUGGAAACAACGACCUCGAGAAGAACAAGCUGAAGCGGAAGGUACACAAGAAUGUGAAAAAGCUGCACAUUUACUUGGUAUUGAAGCCGCUGAUCUUAUUAAAGGAUUACUUAAACCUCGUAUUAAGGUUGGAAAUGAUUAUGUUAAUAAAGGUCAGAAUAAAGAUCAAGUAAUUAAUUCAAUAGGUGCUUUAUCAAAAUCAAUUUAUUAUCGUAUAUUUUGUUGGUUAGUCGAACGUGUUAAUAUAACACUAGAUAUAAAAGCUAAACGGCAAUAUUUUAUUGGUGUACUUGAUAUUGCUGGUUUUGAAAUAUUUGAAUAUAAUGGCUUUGAACAAUUAUGCAUUAACUAUACAAAUGAACGUCUUCAACAAUUUUUCAAUCAUCAUAUGUUUGUAUUAGAACAAGAGGAAUAUAAAAAGGAAGGUAUACAAUGGGAAUUUAUUGAUUUUGGAAUGGAUUUACAAGCUUGCAUUGAUCUAAUCGAAAAGCCUAUGGGAAUUCUUUCUAUUCUUGAAGAAGAAUGUAUUGUUCCUAAAGCUACAGAUAAGACAUUUGUUGAAAAACUUUAUAAUAAUCAUUUGGGAAAGCAUCCACAAUUUGGAAAACCGAAACCUGGUAAAGGUAAAGUUGAAGCACAUUUUGAAAUUCAUCAUUAUGCUGGUACAGUUGCUUAUUCGGCUACAUCAUGGUUAGAAAAAAAUAAAGAUCCUAUCAAUACAACUGUUGCUGGUCUUUUUGCGAAAUCAAAAAAUGUUAUGUUAAGUCAUCUCUUUGUCGAUUCAAUUGAAGAUGAAGGUGCUAGUAGUAAAGCAGCUGGUGGAAAAAAGAAAGGUGGUGGUAGUAUGCAAACUAUUUCUGCUACACAUCGUGAACAAUUAAAUAAAUUAAUGAAUAAUUUAAAACAAACUCAUCCACAUUUUGUUCGUUGUAUUAUUCCAAAUGAAAUAAAAACUGGUGGUGUACUUGAUUCACAUUUAGUUAUGCAUCAAUUGACAUGUAAUGGUGUACUUGAAGGUAUACGUAUAUGUCGUAAAGGUUUUCCAAAUCGAAUGAUUUAUUCGGAAUUUAAACAACGUUAUUCUAUUUUGGCACCAAAUGCUGUACCAAAAGGUUUUGUUGAUGCAAAACAAGCAACAGAAAAUAUUCUUAAAGAUAUUGCAUUAAGUGAAGAAUUAUAUCGUUGUGGUACAACAAAAGUAUUCUUUAAAGCCGGUACAUUAGGUCAAUUAGAAGAUAUGCGUGAUGCUGCUUUAUCGAAAAUUGUAGCUUGUUUACAAGGACAAAUACGUGGUUAUCUUAUGAGAAAAGAAUAUAAGAAAAUGCUAGAUCAACGUUUAGCUUUAUCUGUUUUACAACGUAAUUGUCGUAAAUAUUUAUUAUUACGUAAUUGGCCAUGGUGGAAAUUAUUUACAAAAGUAAAACCACUUUUAUCAGUUGCAAGACAAGAAGAAGAAAUGAAAAAACUUGAAGAAGAAUUUAAAGCAUUAAAAGAAGCUUUAGAAAAAGAAGAAAAAUUACGAAAAGAAACGGAAGAUAAUAAUGCAAAAUUGAUCCGAGAGAAAAAUGAUUUAUUUCAACAAUUAGAAUUUGAAAGAGCUGGUGCAUUAGAAGCUGAAGAACGUUUUACUCGAUUAGUCACACAAAAAGCUGAUCUUGAACAACAAGUCAGAGAUUUAGAAGAACGUUGUAAUCAAGAAGAAGAAAUCAAUCAAGAAGUAAACAAUAAACGAAAAAAAAUGGAGCAUGAAAUUGACGGUUUAAAAAAAGAUAUUGAUGAUAUACGCUUAAAUUUACAAAAAUCUGAAAAUGAAUGUAAAACACGUGAUAAUCAAAUUCAUAGAUUACAAGAUGAAAUUGCACAUCAAGAUGAAACAAUUGCAAAAUUAACACGUGAUCGUAAACGUCUUGAAGAACAAAAUUCUAAAGUAACUGAACAAUUACAAAGUGAAGAAGAUAAAGUUAAUCAUUUAAAUAAAAUAAAAACUAAACUUGAACAAACACUAGAUGAAUUAGAAGAUAAUUUAGAACAUGAAAAAAAAGCUCGUAAUGAUUUAGACAAAAACAAAAGAAAAUUAGAAAAUGAUUUUAAAACAUUACAAAAUAAUUUUGAAGAUUUACAAAAAUCAAAACAUGAUUUAGAAGAACAACUUAAACGUAAAGAUCAAGAAAUACAACAAAUGAAUGGACGUAUUGAAGUUGAACAAGGACAAACAACUAAUCUUAAUAAGAAAAUUAAAGAGUUACAAAGUCGUAUUGAAGAAUAUGAAGAAGAAAUUGAAAAUGAAAGACAAUUACGAAAUAAAAGCGAAAAACAACGAGUUGAUUUAACAAGAACAAUUGAUGAAAUGAAUGAAAGGUUAGAAGAAGUCGGUGGUGCAACAUCAACACAAGUUGAAAUGAAUAAAAAACGUGAAACAGAAUUAGCUAAACUUCGUCGAGACUUAGAAGAAGCUAAUCUUCAACAUGAAGCAACAACUGCACAAUUAAGAAAAAAACAUCAAGAUGCUGUUAAUGGUAAUUUUUAUUCAUCUAUUUUUCAUAUUUUUAAUAUUUUGUGA